GCCAGGAACUAACGCCUCUGAUGAUCCGUCCAUGAUGGGGACCCCUUUCGCUCCGGAAGCCUGAGUCUGAUGAAUGCAAUAAAGUUCUGGGUAUUGGAUUCUGGAGGGGCACCUCUUGGGGGCACAGCGGCGGAGGAGGAGCCAGGCAGGAACUGGGCAGGAAAGAGGAGUAGUUGCCUGUGGUCCCCGCGUUGGGUAGUGCGCAGCAGCCACCUGUUGCGAAUUGCCUGGCGGCCGAGGUUCACGUGCACCCGGUCUAGCAAGCGGCUGGAGCGCAGUUGCGCGCAGUUCUCGCCGGAGCCUUGGGCUUCCGCUGGUCAGCUGACCGCCCAGUGCGGAACUGCACCGCCAGGCUGCCGCGCUCUGUACUGCCAGCCGGUCCCGCCACCAUGGCUGGGCUCAUGGUCAGUGGAACUCAAGUGUCCUACAUAGACCAGCACUGCACAGAAAUUCCGGAGCACCUGGGCCGGGACUGUGGCCAUUUUGCAAAGAGACUUGACCUGAGCUUCAACCUCUUGAGGUCACUGGAAGGACUGAGCGCAUUCAAGAGCCUGGAGGAGCUCAUUUUAGACAACAAUCUGCUGGGCGACGACCUCGUGUUGCCAGGGUUACCCCACUUGCACACCUUAACCCUCAACAAGAACCAAAUUACCGAUUUGGAGUACCUCCUCGAUCACCUGGCAAAAGUGGCGCCAGCCCUAGAGUACCUCAGCCUGCUGGGAAACGUGGCAUGUCCCAACGAGCUGGUCAGCUCAGAGAAGGAUGAGGGAGACUAUAAGAGAUACAGGUGCUUUGUUCUGCACAAGCUGCCCAAUUUGAAGUUUUUGGAUGCCCAGAAAGUCACCAGACAAGAACGGGAGGAGGCAUUGCUCAGAGGGGCCUUCAUGAAGGUGGUGAAGCCGAAGACUUCAGGAGGGGAUGCUGCUGUUUCUCCGGAGGGCCACCCCCAGUACACACCUUUGCCUUCUGCAUCCAGAGAGCUCACCAGUCACCGAGGUGUCCUGGCGAGAGGCCGCUACUUUUACUACGGAAGAAACUCAGAGGGUAACAGGUUCAUCCGAGACGACCAGCUCUGAAGCUAAAUUCUACAUGUCUUAGCCAGUUUCAUGAUAAUAAAAUGGAAGAGCAAGAAAACCCACGGGCCAAGUUGUGUCUCAAUAAGAAAUCUGACUCCUGCUUUCAGUACCUUGUGCUGACUUUGCCCGGCCUGUCACCAUCAUCUAGCUGCCUUAGACUGAGUGGUCACAGAGAGAUUGACAUGACUGCCCUUAAGCAGGUCUCAUCCACCAGGGUGACAGACAGCAGCGGCGCAGCACCAGGGCUGACAGCAUGAACGUCAUGAUAGAUUGCCUGGUCUCUCCACUGCUCACAGGGGAACAGGGGUCACACCUGGGGCCUCCUUGGGCUUGCUCAGUGGCUGC